GUUAUAGAGAGGGCGGCACAUCGAGCACUCUUGCCGGGGUGUGUUGCCUUUUCCCAAGAUGGCAGGAACUGCUAGCAGAGUUGCCCGAGCCGGUUUUCUGAAAACUUCUCUACCAUGGCUGACUCUGCAGCCAUCGGCCAAAUUCUCAACACUGAGAGCGAUGACGGCUACAAGGAAAUCUGUAUUAGCUGCGAUAGGUGUUCUUGGAGGAGGAGCUGCAGGCUUGGCUUAUGCACUUAAUGAGUCGGUGAAAGCCUCCGAGCUCGAGCUACACACGUCGAAGUUCCCCUGGCCUCAUGACGGCUUUUUUUCUACUUUUGACCAUGCAUCCAUCCGUCGUGGAUACGAGGUGUAUAAGAAUGUGUGCGCUGCAUGCCAUUCUAUGAAGUACGUUGCGUACCGUAACCUGAUUGGAGUUUCUCACACCGAAGAAGAAGCCAAGGAAGAAGCCCAGUCCGUAAUGAUUCCAGAUGGACCUAAUGAAGAGGGUAACAUGUUUGAGAGACCAGGCAAACUGUCUGAUGUGUUUCCUAGUCCUUAUGCUAAUGAUGAAGCUGCUCGCCAUGCCAACAAUGGUGCCUUGCCUCCAGACCUUUCUUACAUUGUAUUAGCCCGACAUGGUGGAGAGAAUUACAUCUUCUCCUUGCUAACUGGGUACUGUGACCCUCCUGCUGGUGUACAAGUGCGUGAGGGUCUCUACUACAAUCCUUACUUUCCUGGCGGGGCUAUUGGAAUGGCUCAGGCACUCUACAAUGAGGCAUUGGAGUACAGUGAUGGCACCCCUGCUACAUCAUCACAAAUGGCCAAAGAUGUAGCAACCUUCCUCAAGUGGGCUGGAGAGCCUGAGCACGAUGAACGCAAAAGGAUGGCUUUGAAGUCAUUAAUGAUAUUUUCUCUCCUCUGUGCCGUCACUUAUUACAUCAAGAGACACAAGUGGACGGUACUCAAGAGUAGGAAAUUUGCUUUUAAGCCUCCCAAAUAAGCAGUUGUUCCCUUGCUAAGAGAUUGCCAUUCACUGUGAAUUGAUAAAUACAGUACUACUACAUGAAACAUUUUGACCAAGUUAUGGCAAUGCCCAUGGAUGUGAUUUCAUAAAUGUAAAUAGAUGCUGCAUUAUAGAAUAAAUGCCAUUAAAAUAGUUUUAAUGUAUUUUAAAAGAUUUCCCUUGUUAGAUUCUGUAUCUCUAAAAAUGUUAACUUGUCAAGUUUUACCCGAGACACAUGGUCACCAGCAAGCAGUGUAACUGUUUUUUCAGGAGCAUUUGAUAUGUUUCUACAAUGUAGGAAUUUAUAAAAGGAAAUGUGCAAGGAAUAGGGAAAGCUCCCACCUGUCAGACAAACACGUGUACAUAAUGUUGUAUUUAUUUUGCAAGCACUAUAUCUUGUAGUAUUGCCAAGACCCGUGUACAUUAACAGGAAAUUAUAAGAAAUUUAUCAAACAUU